GGUUCUGACGUUAUACUUACCCGCGUCAAGCCGCCGCUACCGGGAGAGAGUUCCAAUCCCCUCCCCUCUCUCCCAGGAGAAGCUGCAGAAGGUCAUCGCCGAGCGGAGGCGGCGCCAUGGUCCCGAAGUGCCCAGGCAGCACAUAUUUUCUGUGAAUUGUGCUGAGGAUAAAUAUACAUGCUGCAAUGGUGACAUAAACUGCUAAACUGGACUGGAAUUAAUUUGAAACGUUUGGCUUAAACCAAAUGCUGCUGCUAUUGGAAACCCUCUAAGGCAUGACUUACAACAUGACUUUUAUUGUGAAACUUCACAGACAUUUUCAACGAACAGUUAUACUGCUGGCCACUUUUUGUAUGGUGAGCAUUGUUAUUUCGGCAUAUUAUUUGUACAAUGGUUACAAGCAGGAAAAUGAACUUUCUGAAAUCUCUUCUGAGGUGGAAUGUGGAGAUCUUCCAGUCCUGCUGCCCUACAAGUUAGCACCAUGGAAAACCGUGAAAUCCAUUGAUCCUCUAAGGACUGAUCCUGUGGUGCUUGUUUUUGUGGAAAGCCAGUACUCUGCACUUGGUCAAGACAUAAUAAUGAUUUUGGAAUCUAGCAGAUUCCAAUAUCAUAUAGAGAUUGCUUCUGGGAAGGGUGACCUUCCUGUGCUUAUAGAUAAAAACAAAGGAAAAUAUGUUCUCAUAAUAUAUGAAAAUAUCCUUAAGUAUGUGAAUAUGGAUUCCUGGAAUCGAGGCCUUCUAGAUAAAUACUGCGGAGAAUAUGGUGUAGGAAUGAUUGGGUUCCAUAGAAGCAGUGAAAACACUUUGCAGGCCUUCCAGUUAAAAGGCUUUCCUUUCCAUAGCCAUGGCAAUGUGGGUGUUAAGGACUGCUGCAUUAAUCCUCAUUCUUCUGUGCUCCAUUUGACCAAAUCAUCUAAGUUUGAUAAAGGGCCUUUGCCUGGAAAUGACUGGACAGUUUUCCACAUAAAUCAUUCAGCCUACCAACCUAUUAUAUUUGCAAAAGUAAAAGCACCCGAAAACCUCCCUCCCAUGAAAAGUGCUCUCCAUGCAACCAUCAUUCAUGACUUGGGUCUUCAUGAUGGGAUUCAGCGUGUGCUUUUUGGCAACAAUUUGAACUUUUGGCUGCACAAGCUCAUAUUUAUAGAUGCUGUUUCAUUCUUGACUGGAAAGAGGCUUACAUUGUCCUUGGAUAGAUACAUUCUAGUUGACAUUGAUGACAUCUUUGUUGGCAAGGAGGGAACAAGGAUGAAGGCCAAUGAUGUGCAGGCUCUGCUUGAUACUCAGAACCUUCUGAGAGCUCAAAUCACAAAUUUCACUUUCAACCUGGGAUUUUCAGGGAAAUUUUACCACACAGGAACUGUAGAGGAAGAUGAAGGUGAUGACCUGUUGUUGGGGUCUGUAGAUGAAUUCUGGUGGUUUCCUCAUAUGUGGAGCCACAUGCAACCCCACCUCUUCCAUAAUGAAUCUUCACUGGUGGAGCAAAUGAUCCUCAACAAAAAGUUUGCCUUAGAACAUGGCAUUCCAACUGAUAUGGGAUAUGCUGUGGCUCCACACCAUUCUGGUGUGUAUCCUGUUCAUGUUCAGCUUUAUGAUGCCUGGAAGAAGGUUUGGAAUAUCAAAAUCACGAGCACGGAAGAGUACCCACAUCUGAAACCUGCACGGUACAGGAGAGGCUUUAUCCACAAAAACAUCAUGGUUCUUCCUCGACAAACGUGUGGUCUUUUUACUCAUACAAUUUUCUACAAGGAGUAUCCUGGUGGUCCAAAAGAACUAAACAAAAGUAUUCAGGGAGGAGAAUUGUUUUUCACAGUUGUUCUUAAUCCAAUCAGCAUCUUCAUGACUCACUUGUCUAACUACGGGAAUGACCGACUAGGUUUGUACACCUUUGUCAAUCUGGCCAAUUUUGUUCAGAGCUGGACUAACCUGAAGCUGCAGACCCUGCCUCCUGCUCAGCUUGCGCACAAGUACUUUGAGCUCUUCCCUGAGCAAAAGGACCCUCUUUGGCAGAACCCUUGUGAUGACAAGCGGCACAGAGAUAUCUGGUCUAAAGAAAAAACCUGUGAUCGUUUGCCAAAAUUCCUGGUUAUUGGACCCCAGAAAACUGGCACCACAGCUUUGUAUUUGUUCCUGAUUAUGCAUCCUUCCAUCAUUAGUAACUCCCCCAGCCCCAAAACCUUUGAGGAGGUACAGUUCUUUAAUAGAAAUAACUACCACAGGGGGAUUGAUUGGUACAUGGAAUUUUUUCCUGCACCGUCCAAUGUCACCACAGACUUUCUCUUUGAAAAGAGUGCCAACUAUUUCCAUUCUGAAGAAGCCCCUAAACGAGUAGCUUCAUUGAUUCCCAAGGCAAAAAUUAUCACCAUUCUUAUUGACCCAUCAGAUCGAGCAUACUCCUGGUAUCAGCAUCAGCGAUCACAUAAAGACCCUGCAGCUCUAAAGUUUACCUUCUAUCAAGUCAUCACUGCUGGGCAUCAUGCUUCAUCAGAGCUUAAGGCUCUGCAGAAGAAAUGUCUAGUACCUGGUUGGUAUGCCACCCAUAUAGAAAGAUGGCUAACUUAUUUUCCACCUUAUCAGUUGCUAAUUAUUGAUGGACAGCAGCUGAGAAAUGACCCAGCUAUUGUAAUGGAUGAAGUGCAGAAGUUUCUUGGAGUUACUCCUCAUUAUAAUUACUCAGAAGCUCUAACGUUCGACUCACAUAAAGGCUUCUGGUGUCAGCUCCUAGAAGAAGGAAAAACAAAAUGCCUUGGAAAGAGCAAAGGCAGAAAAUACCCUCCAAUGGAUUCUGAGUGCAGGGUUUUUCUGUCGAACUACUACAGAGAUCACAAUGUGGAACUGUCAAAGCUUCUACACAAAUUGGGACAACCACUGCCAUCAUGGCUAAGACAGGAGCUGCAAAAAGUGAGAUAGCACAAAAGGACGCUUUUCAAAAGAUUUCAUCAUUUCAAACAUUCAGGAGCUACCAAGAAGUUGUCAGGAAACAUCUCUUCAAAAGAGAACAAAAAGGAGGAUGGUUGUGCAACAUGCUGGCAACUGGACUGUGUCUGCACAAACCCCUGGAGGCACAUGGGAUUUCAUUAGAGGGCUUAUGGAGAUUAUAUUGGGGCACAGUAUCUCAGAACAUUCAUCUGUACCAGCCAGAUUACAAUGGG